CUUUGACUUGCAACCUCCACCCUUUUGCGAAGUGGAUGAGAAGCUUCCCUCCGCGUUAUUCUCUCAUGGAAAGAUAUAGCGACGAUGACCAAAUGAUGGACCUGCUGAUAGUGAUCGCUUCCCGAGGUUGACACUUCCCAACAAUGGCUGGCCACACGAGAUCACGAACUGGGUGCUGGACAUGCCGGGAGGCGGGCUAUAAAUGCGACGAACAGAAGCCAAGCUGCGGAAGAUGCACGAGAUUGAAAAAAGAGUGCAAAGGCUACGGAGUCAAAUUGAAAUGGAGGAUCGCGACUUCCGCUGCCGUCGUUCCACGCAAACGUUUUGCGAAGCGAAGCCAAUCCGUCGGUAUGGUAUCUGUCGACAGCCCUGCUUCCGCUACAAGUCCUCUUUUGGUUUUCAGUGUUUUCUCUGCACCUACCCCAGCAAGUGGUGCAUCCUCAUACGAUCAUUCCGAGUCGACAUUGAGUCCUACGAUGAACCCAUCAGUCUACCCAGAUCUAUCUCGCACAAACCAGCGGCUUCUGCAUUACUGGCUCGAGCAACUGGCACCACUUAUAUCAGCCGCUCCGAAAGAUGGAGGGGCGAGCUCCUUCCAGAUCCAUCUUGCAUCCAUGACUUACACGCGGGGUGCAUUACAGUCAACCGUAUUGUCUAUGGCCGCAGCUCACUUUGGCCUAGUGUCUGGCGAUACAACACUCCGAUUUGAGGCGUACAGGCAUCAACACGAAGCUAUUCACCUAUUACAGGAAGCCAUCCAGGACCCAAACGAGGCUGACUCAGAUCCUACAUUAGCCACUGUCAUGAUGAUGCAGAUAUCUGCGCGACUCUUUGGCGAUGAAGAAGAGGCGCACGCGGCAAACCAUCUCACCGGAGCAAAAGCCAUGAUCUCGCGAAGAAGAGCACGGUCCGGCAACAUGAACUCGUUGAGCGCGGACUUCCUGAACAGCCUUUAUGCGUACCAUGACAUACUCUCCUCAGUCUCAAGGGGUUCUUCGCCCCUUGAUGCGCACGGCGCGGAAUUCACCGCUAUUGAAGGAUCUGCUAAGAUGAGCAGCAUAGCGAAGAUAUUGCAAGUGGUCGCACGCAUCAGCACAUUUCAUGAAGCCGCAAAAGCAGAAAGGCUACUUUCGCAGACCUCGGAUCUCCAAGGCAAUAACUUCAAUCUAGGUGCCGAGCUCCAGCAAACACUGAUGAACCUGACCUCUAAUCUCGACACCGUAAUCCCAGACAUCGGCUUCACUGCGGAAGCCUACCGCCACGCUGCGUUCAUCUACCUUUACCGUGUCUGGCUAGACAUGGGGUCCCCGAAUCCUACAACACUCAAACACGUCCAAGAAUGCCUUGCCUACAUUGGGCAAGUCCCGGUAGACUCACCACUCGCUUCGUCCCAUGUCUGGCCUCUUUUCACCGCGGGCUGCGAAGCCAUUGAUGCUACGCAACGAAAGUUCGUCCGCUUGCGAUUUCAAGCGAUGUAUGAGUCAAGAAAAUUCCCUAGCCUGAAACGAGUCCUGAGGGAUAUCGAGGACGUGUGGGCUGUCAAGGAUGCUGAACAGAUGGGCGGCCUGAAAGUCGACUGCAUCCAGGUCAUCCUACGAAGACGCGGUCGCGAAGUAGACCUUGCGUGAGGCUCGACUCUCCGAAAAUCAAGACGGAAAAAUAUGUUUACAGCUGAGUCGUUAGUUCGGACCUAGGCCUGCAGCGCUGCGAUCGACCUUAAGCGAUGAGGGGUUGGUUGCAUUCGGUCGCAUUUACCCCGGAUCUGAUCCUUACCACACUCACGUGCAUUUUGUCGAGCUAAGACUACUUACAUGUACGACAAGGUUCUUCGAAUGUUCUGUCGUCGCGAGCUGA